CCUUCGCUAAGCUGCUGCUCACUUUAAAAGGGCAGAGCCUGUAGUGGGCUCCUGGGUCUGCAUCCGUCCCCCAGGCCGGAGUGUGCAGCACAGCAGCAGAUUCCCAGCAGCCUGCAGCAGAGCGGCAGGGUCCCAGCAGCCCUGGCGGGAGCCCGAGCACCAAGCCUUUUCACACUGAUGUCAGGAGAGCAGGCACACAUGUGUGACAGCAGCAGGACCAAGGAGCAGAGCAUGGGGGGCAGGAGUCGUGCGUCCUGGUACGAGCGCUUCGUGCAGCCCUGCCUGGUGGAGCUGCUCGGCUCCGCCCUGUUCAUCUUCAUUGGGUGCCUGUCGGUCAUUGAGAAUGCACCGGGCACCGGGGUGUUGCAGCCGGCCUUGGCCCACGGCCUGGCCCUGGGGAUUGUCAUCGCCACACUGGGGAACAUCAGCGGUGGACACUUUAACCCCGCAGUGUCACUGGGAACUAUGCUGAUCGGAGGCCUCAACGUGGUGCUACUCAUCCCUUACUGGAUCUCCCAGCUGUGUGGUGGGCUGAUUGGGGCUGCCUUGGCCAAGGCUGUCAGUCUUGAGGAGAGAUUCUGGAACGCCUCCGGCGCGGCCUUUGUGACAGUCCAGGAGCAUGGGCAGGUGGCCAGGGCUCUGGGAGCAGAGGUCAUCCUCACCACGCUGCUGGUCCUGGCGGUGUGCAUGGGUGCCAUCAAUGAGAAGACACGGGGCCCUCUCGCCCCCUUCGCUAUCGGCUUCUCUGUCACCGUGGACAUCCUGGCAGGGGGUGCUGUCUCUGGAGCCUGCAUGAACCCCGCUCGUGCCUUUGGACCUGCUGUUGUGGCCGGCCACUGGGGCUUCCACUGGAUCUACUGGCUGGGGCCGCUCCUGGCUGGCCUGCUUGUAGGGCUGCUCAUUAGGCUCUUCAUUGGAGAUGGGAAAACCCGCCUCAUCGUAAAGGGCCGCUGAGGCGCCCGCGGAGUUCCCGGGCCCGCGCGGCC